AAUAGCCUUGGAGCACAUCCCGAUUGACCUUGACGAACUGAGCAAUCAUAUGGAAUACCAUGAAUAAUAGUUCUUCAGAGCUUGUGAACACAACACAUAUCUUACCGAAUCUAACAACCAGUGAAAAAUACUUAUUUGCUACUUCUGCAUAUGCUCAAAUAAUUGCUUGUUUAUGUGCACUGUUGUCAUCCGUGAUUACAUUUCAUCAAAUGUACUUUCACCUCAGAAAUUACACCUGUGUUUCUGAACAACGAUACAUUAUACGAGUGUUGAUUUUAGUGCCCGCAUAUGCCAUCUAUUCAUUUCUAAGCGUUUUGCUUGCUAUAUAUGCGAUGGUGGACAGUAUAUACAUCGACUUUAUACACGACAUUGCAGAAGGUAGUUGGUUCAUCUAUUUGCUAACUCCCCAGCAUUUGCGAUUUACAGUUUUUUAGCUUUGUGUUAUCAGUAUCUUGGAGGGGAAGGUAAUAUUAUGUUAGAGCUUACUGGAAAAACGAUCAAUUUCAGUUUACUUUAUAGUACAUGCUGCUUUGCUGGAAAACCAUACACCAUAUUGUUUCUACGGUUUUGCAAAAUAGCUACUCUUCAGUAUACUUUGAUCAAACCAAUUACUUCAUUCACGUCUAUGAUACUAAUGGCUACAAAGAAGUAUAUCGUUGGUGACUUUGGUCCUACAUCAGGCUAUCUGUAUUUAUUCCUGAUUAACAAUGCCACUGUAACUCUUGCUGUUUAUGGUUUAUUGUUGUUUUAUUUUGCAACUCGGGAGCAAUUGAAACCAUUCUCACCAUUGCUCAAAUUCGCUACCAUUAAAUCGAUCAUCUUUUUUAGUUUUUGGCAAGAUGUAUUAUUCAGUAUUCUAGAAUGGAGUCAUGUUAUAAACAUGACAAGUGGAUAUUCAGCAACGUUAAUUGCUGGUAUCUACAAAAAUUUAUUAAUAUGCAUUGAACUGGUUAUUGUUGCAAUUGCACUACGUUAUGCAUUUCCCUAUAGUAUUUAUGUGUUACACCAUCCACCUCGCCUUGUUUUUGACUUACCUUCAAACGACUCUUUCUGGUCUAAUGAUGAAUUUCUGUUUGCUACAAAACCGUCUGUGGGUUUUAAAUCAUCGAAAGACUCAACGGUAUUUAAUUCAGUCAAAGACAAUUCAUCACAUUUCACACCGGCAACAUUUGUCAGUUAUGCACCAUCAACAAUAUGUGCUGAACCAUUACCAUGGGAUAUUGUUGAUCCACAAGUGAACAAUGGUGGGUUUGAAAGAACAUGGAAUACGAAAAAUUCAAGUGUAAUUCCAAGUAUAUCUGCAAGUAUCAAGGCAACUAUUGAUCCUACAGAUAUAAUUGUUGAUGCAGUUCACAAUUUUCAUCCUACUUAUCGUCAUUAUACUCAGACUCAAAUGGAUGAAGAUAGUUAAUGAAUCAUAUUACAUACGAUGAAAUUCCAAAUGUAUCUACUUCAUUUCUUCCUGAAUUAAAUAUUCGAUCAAAAUAAUGCUCACACUAUGUACAUUUCAUCAUACAUAUUAUUCAGGUUCAGUGAUUGUUCAAUUUUUUUUCCCGUAUUUCUGUGAAGAAAACAACAUUACUAACCUUUUAUGUACACACAAUACCUGUCUUUCGCCGUUCCUCAUAUGGAGUAUUUUCUUUUUUAUUUGUAUAAUAGAUAUUACAUUUGAUUGAAAACUAUUGAAUCAAAGGUAUUUUCAGAUUCAGUUUAAAAAAUCAUUUCCCACAAUUUUCAAUGGUUUAACUUUAAUCUUAUCAGAUAUUUAUCUCUCAAUAAUGAGAAGAAUUCAAAGAAAAUAUAGUGAUUAUUGCUUUGUUAUGCUUCAAAUUUUUUUAAAAUGGAUUUUGUGAAUCGCAUUAACUGGGAAUAUCUAUCUACAUGAUCUUAUAUUUCCCUAAUUGUUUUUCCUUUUUUUUAGAAAUUAAUACGUUAUUUUUAAUCGCUAUCAAAAGUAUGAGUGGGGGAGCAGUGUCUUUGUCGUUAAGGGGUUCAGCUCCCAGGCAAUAAAUCCAAGGCUCAAGCACUGCUCCACUUUGGUUUAAGGAAUCGUGUAGUAUCACUAGCCCUUACACAGACUAUGUGCCCCGACGGCAAAUACACUAAUCUGUACC